GGAGGGAGAAUUCGGAAGAGGAAGAUGUUCUAUGAGAAGAUGGGGAGGAUGUUUAUGAAAUAUGCCAGUUUUAUCGGGCCUGGAUUUAUGAUAUCUGUCGCCUAUAUCGAUCCGGGUAACUACUCAACAGCCGUGGCAGCAGGCGCAAGCUACAAGUUCCGGCUGUUGUUUAUUGUGUUGCUGGCGAAUAUCAUCGCCAUCUUCCUGCAGUCGCUGUGUAUUAAGCUGGGGACGGUGUCGGGGAUGGAUUUGGCGCAGAUGUGUCGUGCGCAUUUGCCAUGGUGGCUGAAUAUAUUUCUUUAUGUGCUGGCAGAGGGAGCAAUUAUUGCUACGGAUAUUGCUGAGGUCAUUGGAACUGCAAUAGCCAUCAACCUCCUCAUUCCCCAGAUCCCCCUCGUCGCAGGAUGUGCCAUCUCUAUUGUGGAUGUCAUGCUGAUCCUCAUCUUCUACCGCCCAAGCGGCUCCCUCAAGGGCCUACGCACAUUCGAGUUCUUCGUCAUGGCUCUCGUCCUCGCCGUCGUCAUCUGCUUCUGUAUCCAGCUCUCCCUCAUCAAGGAUACAUCCGUUGGCUCCGUUUUCCGCGGCUACCUGCCAUCGAAGGAACUCGUCGAGCCGCAAGCCAUCUACCAAGCCUGCGGAAUCCUCGGCGCAACAGUCAUGCCGCACUCCCUCUACCUAGGUUCCGGCAUCGUCCAACCCCGCCUUUACGCCUACGACGUGAAAUACAAACACUACACCCCCACCCCCCCAACCAGCGGCACCUCCUCCUCCUCCGCCCUCCCCUCCAAAAACCCCUACCACCCCUCCCUCCCCGCCAUCCGCUCCUCCCUCACCUACUCCAUCACCGAACUCACCAUCUCCCUCCUCACAUUCGCCCUCUUCGUCAACUCCGCGCUCCUCAUCCUCGCCGGCUCCUCCCUCCCCGCCUCCACAGCCGACGCCUCCAUCUUCGCCAUCCACUCCCUCCUCGCCUCCACCAUCGCCCCCGCAGCAGGAACAAUCUUUGCCCUCGCUCUCCUCCUCUCCGGCAUCUCCGCCGGCAUCGUCUGCACCAUCGCCGGACAAAUGGUCUCCGAAGGCGCCCUCCGCUGGACCACCGCACCCUGGCUUCGCCGCCUCAUCACCCGCUCAAUCAGCAUCACACCAAGCAUCAUAAUCGCCGCCGCAGUAGGCAAGGACGGCCUCACCGCCGCUUUGAACGGUAGCCAAGUCGCCCUCUCCGUCGCCCUCCCAUUCGUCUCAGCACCACUCAUCUACUUCACGUGCCGUAGCCGCUACAUGACCGUGCGGCCGCCACGGCCGGUCGAGCCGCACGCCGAUGACGACGGUGAUGACGAAGCUGAGGUGGUGGAAAGUGCGGUUACUGCCGGGGAAGGACCGAUGGGGGCUGCGGAUGCUAAAACGGAAGGAGCGACUACCGUGCCUGCCGUUACAACGACGCUACCGCCGCCGGGUGGUAGCGAGGCGAAGACUAAUUCUUCGCCGCGUGAUCGCGAGCCGCGAGUUGAUGUGGCGGAUGUGGUAGAGGGGGCGCGUGUGGCCUCGCUGGACGAGGAUGCGGAUGCUGGGGUGGUGAAUUUCAGGAAUGGAUGGGUGACGGGGGUGUUUGCAGUAUUGGUGUGGUUGUUUAUUACGGUUAUGAAUGUGGCGAAUUUGGUGUUGUUGGGGGUUAAUGGGGGGUGAAGGGGAGAAGAGGGAGAAGGGUGUGCUUGAGGAAGGCUUGGUGUUGGUGAUGUGUCACGAGCUGUGGAAUGUGGUGGGUUGUUUACGUGCUUUGGGCUUGGGAUUGAGGUAGUUUAGGUGGGAGAAUAGUCAAUUUAUACUUUGACUAACAUAGAACUCUAACUAGAGAAUAAGAUCAUUGAAUAUGAGGUCGAAGCGAUCCUAGACAGAAGGUUAGUAGGACGCAAAGAAGAGUCUUUGAUAAAAUGGAAAGGUUAUGAACCUACUCGAGUAUAGACAAUUCAUAGGAAACGGUAGGAAACCUUAGCUGUCUAAAGUUGCUAGAGGCGUUUCACCGUCAACAUCCUAGUAGUUGAAGAACCUAGACACAGUGUUGCCAAUAGUAUAUUGGUCUUGGCAGUAUAUUGCAAUAUAUAUUGCAAUAUGGGCCUUGGCAAUACAAUAUGGCCUCACGCCAGAUGACUGUAAUACAAUAUGGGAAUUUCAUUCCAAUAUAUUGCCAAGACGCACUAUUGGCAACACUGCCUAGACAGCAAAGACAGCAAAAGGUCGUGUGUUAAAGCAUCGCCCCUAGAGAUAGCCUUAGAGGAAGUUAGGAGGAGGGAACAAGCCUCAGCCUCACGCCACUCGCGUUCCUCUAACUCGUCUAAGGAUUUUAGACCACAAUGUAUUAUCUUAGCACCACGGGUCUUAGGAUGCCCUGGUGUUGUUCAAGACGGUUAAGACAGGCCAUAGCUGUCGCUACAGCCUCAUAGGUUAUGCGAGUUUCUAAGCGGAGACGAUCCUCCUUUUUUUGUAGUGACUGCUAGCCGCUAGCAGAAGGGCCAGAGACGUUAUAGUUCUAGGAAUUCAAGCAGACACAUUCAUUAUAGCGUUUCGAAGAGGCAGAAGCGACAUAGCAGAGGCUGGGGAAGCGCGC